AGGACGGGACCAAUUAAUCCACAUUUAUCACACAAAAGCAAAAGAAAGUUUCCAGUACCUUUACGAAACCCAAACGAAACGCAGCCGUCUCUCGCGCCACCCAUCCAAAACUAAUCAUUCAUUCAACAUCAGAGGCCUCCCCGUCCCCCUCCAAUCUCUCAUAUAUCAUCAUGAUGGACCACUAUCAACAACCAAUUUCCUGAGACAAAAUUACAAAGCACAACUCAACUUGACGGAGAGGGAAUGGAAGUGGAGCAGGUGGUGACGGCGGCGGGUGAAAAGGCGAUCCUCCAAUUAGAGAGGAUGAAUUCAGAUCGGGAUCGGGUUCGGGUCAAGAGGAAAACCCUAGAAGCUGUGCUCGAGAGUGCCAAAGAGCUCUCCAAUUGCUCAGCACUGCCGGUUGUAUCGACGAAGAAGACGAUGAUGAUGUCGACCAUGAUGAACCAGCUAGUCACCAUUAUGAAAUCGAUGACGAUGGGCCCGCCGGAGGAAGCUCGUCGCCCUCUCCUAGCCGGGAUAAAGAGACCUCCGAGUGGUGCGAUCUUAUCAAAUCAAGAGUUGAAUGUACUGAUUUCCUCGAAAAGCUUGAGAAUGCGCAGGCAUCAGUUCCACAAAACAUAGCUGAAGAAGGUACUUCGUGGACAUGGUCAAUGAGAAUGAUCUGUGGGAAGGUGGAAAUUCCGAGUUAGAUCAAGAAGACUAUGUUUUGGUUAGGCAAGAGGAUAUUGUGGAUGGUAUAGCAUGUUUCAUGGCUGCAUAUUUGCUGUCUCUUAAACAGACAAAGGAGUUGACUCCAAACCAACUUCAGGAUGCCCUUUGCAAGACAUUUUCUGUAAAAAAGAAAAAAGGAAAACUUCGGAAGGCUUGGGAUGGGAGCAAAGUUAUCUACAAUGUGGCAUCCUGGGGAGCUACAGCCAUUGGCAUAUACCAAAACCCAGCGAUUCUGAAGGCUGCCUCAGCAGCAUUCUGGACUUCCUGCCGUGUAAUAUCAAAGCUCUUCUGAGCAGUGUGGCACACUUUGCGGGAAUCAAUCGUGUGCUUGUGCUGCCAAAAGUGCUUCCCUAUUCUUUAGAAAUGUGUAACAUAAAUGCCAUUCAUUGUGUGUGUGUGUGUUGCAAUUGAUAGCUCCAAUGUUGUUUAACCCUGUAAAUAUUCUUUCAAUGAAUACUUGUCGUCUUCCACGGGUCGAACCAAUCAUCUAGUCUAUAGUGAUUGCUUGGCCGCUGACUGCUAUGUGAAAAACAAGCAACCUGUUUAAUGCUACAGUGGUAAAAUGAACCGAAAGCAUUUUCAAG